AUGGCUAAUGAUGAGUCCGAUGCUCUUGAUGUGCUUGAAAAGGAAGCAAAGGAAUAUGACAAGGACGCUGAGAUCGACCGCAUCCUGAAAGCAUUUAGACUUGAUUCUUACGCCGUACUAGAUCUCCAGCCUGGAGUGCCUGAUUCGGACAUCAAGAUCGUCUACCGGAAAAAGUCACUGCUAAUCCAUCCGGACAAGACCAAGAACCCGCAAGCGCCUGAGGCUUUCGACCGCCUGAAGAAAGCACAGACCGCCUUGCUAGAUGAGAAGCAGCGGCAACAUCUGGACGAGUGCAUUGCAGAUGCCAGACAGCUUCUGAUUCGUCAGCACAAGUACACAGUAGACUCGGAAGAGCUGAAGACGGAAGAGUUCAAGGUGGAAUGGAGGAAGAAGACUGUUGAAGUGCUAGUGGAGGCCGAGGCACGCAGAAGGCGGCUGAUGAAGGCUAAGAUGCAGGAAGAAGGCCGCGAGAAGGCCAAAGAGGACGCCGAGAUUGAGGAGAGGAAACGGAAACGUGACCAUGAGAAGAGCUGGGAGGAUACGAGAGAGCAGCGCAUUGGCAGUUGGCGAGACUUCCAGAAGGGGGUCAAGAAGGGUGAGGAGCAGAAGAAGAAAAAGAAGAUGAAAGUACUGGGUUGA